CGCUCCCGGCGCGGCGGCGGCAGGUGGCCGGGGCAUGCGGCGGCGGUAGGACGCGCGGCGGCGAUGGGCGGCCGGGGGCUGCCGCUGCUGCUGGGGCUGCCGCUGCUGCUCGGGCUGCCGGCGGCGGGGCGCGCCGCCUCCAAGGCGCUGGUGUGCCAGGAGAUCACGGUGCCGAUGUGCAAGGGCAUCGGCUACAACCUCACCUACAUGCCCAACCAGUUCAACCACGACACGCAGGACGAGGCCGGGCUGGAGGUGCACCAGUUCUGGCCGCUGGUGGAGAUCCAGUGCUCCCCGGACCUGCGCUUCUUCCUCUGCAGCAUGUACACCCCCAUCUGCCUGCCCGACUACACCAAGCCGCUGCCCCCCUGCCGCUCCGUCUGCGAGCGGGCCAAGGCCGGCUGCUCGCCCAUCAUGCAGCAGUACGGCUUUGCCUGGCCCGAGAGGAUGAGCUGCGACAGCCUGCCCGUGCUGGGGGACACCGAGGUGCUCUGCAUGGGCUACAACCACACGGAAGCCACCACCCUGCCACCUUUCUUCGGGAAGCCCACGCGCCCGGCCAAGGAUGCAGCCAAAAACCUGGUGCCUCUUGAUGGGCAGCGCCCCUCAGGGCUGGACUGUGGCCGGACGUGCAAGUGCAAAGCGCCUCUGAUCCCCAUCUCCAAGGAGUCCCAUCCGCUCUACAACCGCAUCAGGACGGGGCAGGUACCAAACUGUGCCAUCCCCUGCUACCAGCCCUACUUUACCCAGGACGAGAAGACUUUCGCCACCUUCUGGAUCGGCCUGUGGUCCAUCCUCUGCUUUCUCUCCACAUCCACUACCGUGGCCACCUUCCUCAUUGAUAUGGAGCGUUUCAAGUACCCCGAGCGCCCCAUCAUCUUCCUCUCUGCUUGCUACCUCUUCGUCUCUGUGGGCUACAUCGUGCGGCUGGUGGCAGGGCAUGCCAAUGUGGCUUGCAACCCGGAGCAUCACCACAUCCACUAUGAGACCACAGGCCCUGCCCUCUGCACCGUGGUUUUCCUUCUCCUUUACUUCUUUGGCAUGGCCAGCUCCAUCUGGUGGGUCAUCCUGUCCCUCACCUGGUUCCUAGCAGCCGGCAUGAAGUGGGGCAACGAGGCCAUCGCUAGCUACGCACAGUACUUCCACCUGGCUGCCUGGCUCAUCCCCAGUGCCAAAUCCAUCGCUGUGCUGGCUCUCAGCUCCGUGGAUGGUGACCCAGUGGCCGGGGUUUGCUACGUGGGCAACCAAAGCCUGGAGAACCUGCGGGGCUUUGUGCUGGCACCACUGGUGGUUUAUCUCUUCACCGGCAGCCUCUUCCUGCUGGCUGGCUUCGUCUCGCUCUUUCGCAUCCGCAGCGUGAUCAAGCAGGGUGGCACCAAGACUGACAAGCUGGAGAAGCUGAUGAUCCGCAUUGGCAUCUUCACCAUGCUCUACACUGUGCCUGCCACCAUUGUCAUCGCCUGCUACAUCUAUGAGCAGCACAACCGGGAGGCGUGGGAGCAGGCGCAGAACUGCUCCUGCCCGGGGGAUCCCCACCGCCCUAAGCCCGACUACGCCGUCUUCAUGCUCAAGUACUUCAUGUGCCUUGUGGUGGGCAUCACCUCCGGUGUCUGGAUUUGGUCUGGCAAGACACUUGAGUCCUGGAGGCGCUUCACAGCCCACUGCUGCCGGACCAGGAAGCCCGCGGGUGCCUCGAUGUACGGUGAGGCCAGCCCGGCGCUGGUGGGCAGGACGAUGCUGCCCAGCAUGGCCUCUUACCACAAACAGGUCCCGCUGUCCCACGUGUGACCAAGGGAGCCUCGGUGACCCCAGCCACAGGGAGAAGAGGGUUGCAGAGACCCUGGGCCACAGAAGAGGGGCUGGCAGCUGGGCCACCCCGGCAUCCUCAGCCCCACCAUGGUAGUGCUGCCCGGGACCAAGUGUGUGUGCCCGCAGGGCAUGGAGCAGCCCUGGCCCCAGGCAGGGCAGGGAGAGGUGCUGCCAGCAAUGUAGGGGUAGAGGGAUAGGGACGAUGGGAGCCCGGCACCACUGUGUAUGCUCCAUUUGGGGUCCCAUGUCCUGCCUGGGAUCUGAGGGUGCUGCUGCCCAUGGGCCGGUCAGGUGGCAGGUAGCCCUCGAGCACUGAUUUGUGUCCCACAGGGAGCCUCUGGACAGGUCUUGCUGGUGCUGGGUGAAGGGGAGAGCUGCAGCAGGCAGGGCAGGUGCUGGCACUGGCACCGAGCUGCUCACCAGAGCCUGGGGGGUGAGCGGGCCAGGGAGAGCUGGCAGUGUGGGCUGCCUCCCUGCUGGGCUGCAGCUGGACCCCCAGGCAGAGCAGGAUGCUGCCUUCACGGCCCUUGGAGUCCCGGUACAGCUCUGUGUUGUGGAGGAGCAGGACGGAGGGAGCUGUGUGACCAGGGGCUUCGGGAGCAGUGGUGAGGCAGGAGGAAGGGGCUGCAGAAAGGAGCUGCCACCCAGCCCUUGAGGCGGGCAGGGACAGGGUCCCAACUGCCUGCAGCGCAGCUCUGUGGUGGGCAGCCGGCUCCACCAUCCUGGAGCAGCUCCCCGGAGCACCGAAGGGCUGUGCGGGUGACGAGGGUCUUAUACCAGCACGGGGGUCACAGGGAGCCCUGGGCACCACUGGCCUUGGCACCAGGAGCAGCCUCCUCCUGAGACACCUUGUGCCGGGGAAGGGGCCGAUGCUGCUCCGCACCUCUGCUCUGCAGUGGGGUGAGUUUGUCGCACCCCCCUCGCGCUGUGCAGGUUACGUGGGGUGAGGCAGCCCCAGCACCCUGCCCCUGGCCUGCCCCACCGAGCGAGUGGUGUGUGCAUGGGGGUUCCCAGCCGGGCGGCAGGCUGGCUGUGCUGGGGAGCCACUGGGUUUGCCAGCCAGCCGGCUUCAACACUUGGUGCUGCUUUUCCCAGAGCUGCUCCUCUGUUGGAGGCAGUGCCGGCUUCGGGAGCGAGCAGUGGAUUUAGGAAAACUCAGCAGAACGCUUGUACUCCCUUCCCUGCAGCUUCCCCAGGUCAGAUAGCGGCAGAGCACUGACAGAAAUGGUGCCUGGUGUUAAGCGCUGGUGACAGCUGGAUUUUGAUAAGUAGAGUGAUGGCAGGGUGGGGGGAACACUGCUGUCAACUUCACCUAGCACAGCAAAGACGAGGGGCUCCCGCUGCAGCACAGGAUGGGGCAGGGCUGGUGAGAGGUGGCUGUGUCUGGCUUCAGCCUGCGUGUGAAAGCGCUCGUUUGGUUUGUGUGGGGUUUUUUGGGGGGUUGUGGAGGGUUUUUUUGCUUUGUUUUGUUUGUUUUUAGGGUGGCUGGUUGGUUUCUUUUUCCUCCCCCCUGCCCUCAGUGGUGAUGUUGUAUGUAACCACUCAGCCAUUACUCAAGUCCUUUCUGCCCUCCUUCAAGCGCGGCACCCUGACCUGGCUGCUUGAGCACUGGGGAACAACCACUGGCUUUGCUCCUGCGGGACUGCAAAGAUCCAGGGUUGUUGUCAACACUCUUGGACCACUUCAGUCAAGAUGUUUUCCACCUCAUUUUAAAGCCAAACCCUGGGAAGCGAGGGGAUGCUGGAGUGGCACAUCUGCUGGUACAGGUCCUGCCAAGGUACCGUGUGCAUGUCUCUGGGCACUGUGGCCAGAGGAGCCAGCGGUGCAGGGGCAGCGGUGCAGGGGCUGCUCAGCCGCACAGAUCAGCACUCUUGCAACAGAGCUCUCUCCCUCCAGUGUGUUGCAGUACUUCGUCGUGGACAGGAUUGCACCACGUUUUGCUACAAACUGUAAAUAGCUGUAUUAUAGCCUGGGUUGUGCAUACAGAAGCUGUAGUGACCUUUGAUACGGGUUUGGGGCAGGUGUGUUCUCGGCAGCGAGGCAGGUCAGGUGCAGAGGUGCUGUGGGUAGUCUCGUGUUGUAAUCCAGGGCAUUAAAUGACUUCAACCUGCUCCAAUCCAUGCCUGGCUGGACUCCUCUCUUUCUAUAGUGCCUUUUGUAGAUACAGCUAAACACACAUCAUGCAAUACAAUGAACAAAACCAUGUCAAAGGUGGUGUUUUGUUGUUUUUGUUUUAUUUCCAAAGUGCAACUGACUGUGUAAAGCUUUUUUUUAAGGAAAAAAAAAAAAAGAAAUCCAGGCUUAGCUACAAACCGUUGCCUAUUGAAAAAUGCACGAGCAUUUUCAGCUUUGAUCUAAUGGCAGGUUAAUACAAUCAACUUGUGUGAGAGCCUGGCUUCUCAGCAACAAGUGGCAAGAGGGGGAAAGGAGCUGUUGUCGUGUGCCCUGUAUGCUGUGGCCAAUUUACACAUUGGGUUUUGCCUCUUCCGUUACCGAUGCUGUUCAAUGUUGUUUAAAUAACUGUACUAUAUUUUGUGAAAAGCUGAAGAAAUUUUAUUCAAAGAGAAGUAUGGAGAUUAGCUAUUUAUGAGGACCAAAA